GUGGCAGACAAUUUCAGCCGAUAAUUUCAGUCAUAUUAAUUGCAUAUUGGAUAUCUUUGCUUACACGUCUACAGUCAGCGGGGCAUAUUUAAAUCCAAGGUCGUUCAAUGCGUGUAGUCAGUAGUGUGCCGGAGUUCAAGGAAACUUUGCGCAGCUGCUCUAAAUCUGGGAAUAUUUUGAUAGUGGACUUCUAUGCAGACUGGUGCGGACCAUGUCGUUUUAUUGCGCCUCAUUUUGAGGCACUGUCUGCAGAGUAUCAACCAAAAAACUUCGUCUUUCUCAAAGUGAAUACGGAACAUUGCAGAGAACUUUCUCGACAAGAAGGCAUAUCUGCUUUACCGACUUUUAAAUUGUAUCAGGAUGAGCGUUGUGUUCGAACAAUUGUCGGCAGCAAUCUCAGCAAAUUACGAGCUGUUCUGGAUGAAUUUUCACUAGAUUACUCGCUCAUACAACUUAAGCUUCAUGAAAAUGAUGAAGAGAAAAUUCGGGCUUUUAAAUGUCUACAUAAGAUUAUGGACAAGAUCUUGACCAAUCCUCAAGACGAAACUUGUCGUCGGAUUACUUUGACGAGUACUGAUUUCACUGAGACUCUUUUAGUCAUCCCUGGAUGUAUGGACUUCUUAUUUUCUGCAGGCUUUCAGGUAAACUAUGGCGCUUGUGUUUCUGGCUUUGAUAUAUCUUUUAUUUCUGACGAUUAUAAAUCGAAAUAUUUCUUUGCAUCUGAAAUUCUUAUCGUGACAACCAGACUGUAA